AUGGCUGCCCUUCCUUCAUUUUCGAAUAUUCUUGAAAUACCACAUUCUUCGCCUAGUAUCCUUCAACUCCUCCAACAUGCAGUCAAUGACGUCCAACUGGUUGCCGCUGGCGAGCUAGAUAUCUUUUCAUUUUAUAAGCAGACAGACCCCCUUGCAACUACUGUACUGUUUUCUUUAGUUCUAUCAACUUUUGUCUUUAUCCUUUCAGAAAUCACUAGGAACUUCAGUCAAGUUGACCGUCUAUGGAGUAUCCUUCCUGCUGCCUACAUUGUUCACUACUCGGUCUGGGCCAACAUCAACAACUUGCGAACUGACCGCAUUGACACGGCUGCUGUAGUCGCGGUAAUCUGGAGCAUCCGUCUCACUUACAAUUACUGGAGAAAAGGCGGAUACCAGUGGUCAUCCGAAGACUACAGAUGGGAAAUCGUUCGCAAAGCAAUUGGCGGACCCGCCUUCUUUCUUUUGAAUCUCACAUUUAUUAGCUUCGGGCAAAACAUCCUGCUCGUUGCUAUCACGACACCAGUUUAUCUAUUCUUGAUUCUUACUAAGAACUUCCCGCAAACCGAUGUGAAUACUACGGCGGAUGUUGUGUUUUCUCGGCUUAUGGCUUUGGCUGUUAUCCUUGAAUUCUUUGCGGACCAGCAACAGUGGGCUUAUCAUCAAAAUAAGGAGAAGUUCAAGAAAACUGGAGCUGUCCCGCUUGGGUGGGAUAAGAAAGAACUUGAACGUGGGUUCUUGUAUAGUGGACUUUGGGCCUUUUCUAGACAUCCAAACUUUGUGGGUGAACAGUUGUUCUGGGCUCUUUUGUACCAGUGGUCUGCAUUUAUCACUGAUAGCGUCUAUAACUGGACUGGAGUUGGCGCACUUGGUUACUUGCUCCUAUUCCAGGGUUCAACAUGGUUGACGGAAGUUAUCACAUCUAGCAAGUACAAGGACUAUAAAGUCUACCAGAAGCACGUCAGUAUGUUCCUACCUAGGGUUUCAGCAGUCAAGGAAGGUGGCUUUUACUUCCCAGAAGAAGAGGCGGAGGAGAAUAAGAAUAAAUAA